GCCGGCCCACGCACUCCAAGCACCUCCAUCCUGUUGACACCGUUUCACCGCUUCCCUUCGGUUCAACUCCCUGUCGUCUGUUUCUCGAGGCGCUCAUGCUCUCAUUAAACCAAACCGCCUGGGGAUUUUUCCAACGUGGACGAGUAGAAGACAACGCAGACGACGGAGGACGGACGGCAACGGGACGCGAUGUUCGGGUUCAGGACGGUGUCCGGCCUCGGAACAUGAUCGGCGUUGAAGUCCUGAAGGGCUGACCGCUGCUCCGAUGGCGUGGGCCAACUCCUGGUCCCGUCCAGACCCGAAGCCAGGACCAAAACCAGCACCACUUCACGGCCUCCGGACCCAAACCCCCUCCCCAUCUGUCCCUCAGGUCCAGACUCCACUCCUCCUGCCUCUAAUACUCCUUCUUACCGCCUUCGUGGACUUUAGCAGGGCAGGUCCACCGAGACUGGCCCGGCCCCCCCUCCUGUCCGGACAGCCCUUCAUCAUCUUCUGGGGCAUCCGGGAUUCGUCCUGCUCGGGUCGACCGGAUCCCAGAUCGUUCGGGAUGGAACAGGAAGGUCGGGUGGCGGUGUUUUACGAGGACACUCUGGGGAAAUACCCAUAUUUUAUAGACAGAGACACUGCGGUCAACGGAGGACUCCCACAGCACACCAGACUGGACGACCACAUCCAGAAGACGCAGCAGGACCUGGACGCAGCCUUACCCGCCUCUCGGUACCUGGGGCUGGCGGUGCUCAGGUGGGCCGAGUGGGUUCCUCAGUGGUCCAGGAACCGAGAGAUGUAUCUGGAGGCCUCGAGGAAACUGCUCAGUUCAUUCUUUCCUGAUUGGAGUCCGGAGGAGGUGGAGCGGUGGUCUCAGGUCGACUUCGAAGCCUCCGCCCAGUCCGUGAUGACGGAGACGCUGCGAGAGGUCAAAAGGUUACGGCCCAAAGCAUUAUGGGGCGUCUCUCCGUACCCCGCCUGCUACAACGGUAGCCCCGCCCAAACGUCCUUAUCCAACUACACCGGCCGCUGCCCCGCCGCCGACAUGGCGCUCAACGACGAGCUGGUGUGGCUAUGGAAACGAAGCUCCGCCCUCUACCCCCUGCUCACGCUGGAGAAGCUGCAGGGCGGGACACCUGGAGCUGGUCUGUAUCUGUCCAAUCUGAUCAAAGAGUCUCUGCGAGUGUCGUCGCUGGGGGGGACGUCCGACGACCUCCCUGUGUUCCCAUUGGUCAAGAGUUUCUACGCCUCCACCAACAGCUUCCUGUCACAGAGCGACCUGGUCAGUACGAUCGGAGAGAGCGCCGCUUUGGGGACGGCCGGCGUCGUCGUCUGGGAGAGAAGCGACACCAAGACCGAGAGGGAAUGUCAGGACCUGGCAGACUUCGUCCGUAAAGUCCUGGGACCGUACUCCAUCAACGUAACCACGGCAACCCGGCUGUGCUCCGCCUCCCUGUGCCAGGGGAAGGGACGAUGUGUCCGUCAAAACCCAGAAAGCUCCGCCUACCUGCACCUCCCACCUCCACCUGAGGCAGUGACAGAAAAGGCAGACGUAGCUAAAGCCACAGAUCCUCCGGACUCGGACUCGGAUUCGGACUCUAAACUCAUGGAACCGGACCCGGCUGAGCUGUGGAAGAAGGACUUCCAGUGCCAGUGGUUCAGUUCGUCCAACGGGGACGCGUCGGACCAACAGUCGCCCAAAGACGGAGCGUCUGUCGGGGAAACCGGCACCGACGCCAUAGCCACGCCCACAGCCACACCCACCGCGUCGACUUCCACUGCAGCUCCAAACACUAAAGGUGCCUCAGUGACCUGGUUCAGCACAGACGGUUCACCUCUGACCCCUGGACCCACGCUGUCACUGGACGGACCCACAGACGGAGGGGCCGGCCCACCCAGAGGCCCGGGUCUGGGGGUUCUGAUGGUUCUGGUGGCUGCCAGUCUGUGCCUUUGACCCAAACUGGGCUGAAACUGGAAACACGAGCCCACACUAAAGUGGCCUUCAAUAAAACACACACGGACAACGGGACACACCUGACCUUUGACCUCCACAACAAGAGAAUAUCACAGAAAACCACAGAAGAAGAGUGGGUGGAGCCUAAAUAUGACCAUCUCUGAUCUGACUUUAAGACACGUGGACGCUCUGACUUUUGGAUUAGAAACAAAACCCAGUGAAGUUCUGGGGUUUUUGCACAUUUUGUUCUUUUAUGCACCUCUUAUGUUUUAUUAUUUCCUCAUUUCAAAACUUAUUUCCUGUUACAGUGAAUGUGUGACGUACAACAUAUGGACAAAAGUAUGUGGACACGUUGAAUUCAGGUGUUUCUUUUCUAACAGGGGUCUGGGAUACAAAACUAUCUUCUAUCACUCUACAACACA